AUGAGUGUCGCCUAUGAGUCACCUACACACCAUACUCAAAAUAAGGAGGCAUACUUUACGCCAUUGAACAUGCCAACCAUCGCGUCAUCAUCGACGGCCAUGACCGAUAAUAGCAACACAACAAGCAACAAUGGAGGAGGAUCAACCACACCUUAUUUCACAGCUCCCAUUGACCCAACCAUUCACCAAGACUUUAUGAACGCCAUCAACGCACGCCAUGCCAAUCAACCCAUGUUUGCUAUGAAUCUAGGGUCGCCUAAAACGACGACAACAACAACAACUACCACUAUGAGUCCAAGUUCACCACCCCCAGCAGUAGCAGCAGCAGUAGCAACAGCACCAAAUGGAAUGCGACUGUCAUUGAAUGGUAGCAUUGGUGGUGGUAAUGGAUCAUUGGCUGCUAGACGACUAUUACGAUCCACAUCGGCCAUGGCAUCACCUCGACAAAUGCUAUUAUCGGCUAUGGAAUGUAAACAGCUGACCGAGAUCCUUUCAUCAUCAUCCUCAUCUUCUGAUUCAACAACUCGCACUUUGUUACUCGAUGUCCGAUCGUUUGUUCAGUACUCACAUGGCCGUAUUCGCCACGCUAUCAACGUAUCAGUCCCCAAUACUAUCCUGAAACGUCCGACUUUUACAAUGGAAAAGCUGUAUGAAGCCAUUGUCGUGGAUGCUGAUCGUGAACGUCUGCAACGUUGGCCAAGCAUGGAUCGAAUUAUCUUGUACGACCAGACAUCCCAAUUUCUACCUGAUAAUUGCGCAGCGGCUUAUCUGGGAUCCAAGUUAAGUCAAGCAGGUUUCAAAGGUCAAUUGUACUAUCUCAAAGGUGGAUACGAUGCAUUUCGUACAAACAGCCCUUCUUUAUGCGAAGUCCCAUCAUCACCAAGAUCACCCAUGGAUCAACAACAGCAACAACAACAACAAAAUGGAGGCAUGUCCAACACAAUGAGACCCAAACUCGCCGCACCCUUCACCGCACCCAUGCCACAUUUUGAAAAUCAGGCGUUCAAUCCCUUCUUUUCGAACAUUCGACAAAAUAUGGAGUUAUCGCAUGGACCUAUCCGAGAACGAUUUCCCAUUCGACUUGCAAAGGAUUAUGAAGCCAAUGAUGCUGGUCUAGUGAAAACCUAUGCAACCUCCAAACCAUCGCCAAGAUGUUUACCUGGGAUCAGCCAUGUGGAUGAUGAAGGCUUUUUUGUCGGUCCCAAAUGGUUAAGGACGACGCUGAUACCAGAUACAGGUGCUCAACAAUUGGCAGAGAUGUAUGAGAAAAUAGAGCGAGUCGAGCAACGACGAUUACAAAACGUCAUGUAUUAUCAUUCCAAGCACAACCAUACCAAUCCCAGUGAUUUCCCUCUGAGUAUCGUUGCUGGCAUCGAGAUGGGAAGCCUCAACAGAUACACCAAUGUUUGGCCCUUUGAGUACACACGUGUCAAGUUAGCUCGUCCAGCCAAUGGAUCAUCUUCCUCAUCCACCGAUUAUAUCAAUGCGAGUUUUAUUCAAUAUGUACAUCCUGAAGACGACGAAGCUUCUGCUGCUGCUGGUGAGAGCCCAUCAUCCAACAACAACAAUCAUGUGAGCCGUGCCUCCUUGCGAUGUAUGAAUCAAAGGCGGCAUAACAACGAGUUCCGACGCUACAUUUCUACCCAAGGACCGCUCCCAGAUACAUUUGGGGAUUUUUGGCAGAUGAUAUGGGAACACAAUUCACGGGUGGUUGUCAUGCUGACCAAACAACAAGAGAUGAACAAGAUAAAGUGCCAUCAAUAUUGGCCCAGUGAGCUUAAUGUACCAACACGUUAUGGCCAUGUCACCGCCACCUUGAUUUCAGAGACCGAGCAAGCUGUGGGUCGAUCCACGAUGAUGAUCAACGAUGAUAUUGUGAUUGUACGCCAAAUUCAACUGGAGCAGGAAAAUGCGCCAUCAAGAACCAUUACACAGCUUCAGUACACAGGAUGGAUGGAUUUCGGUGUUCCUGAUAGCCCCGAAGGGAUUUUGCAUUUGGUCAAAGCAGCCGAUAUAGCACAAGUGGAAUAUGAAUCUACGUGUGACGCUGCUGUGGGACCUAUGGUGGUGCAUUGUUCAGCAGGAUGUGGUCGUUCAGGUGCUUUUUGUGCCAUUGAUACAGUGAUCCGGCGAUUGACGCAAAGCAAAGAGGGUCAAAACAAGGAUCUUUUAUUCGAUACCAUUUCACGGUUCCGAGAACAACGUGUGAGCAUGGUCCAAACAUUACGGCAAUUUGUUUUCUGCUAUGAAACUAUCUGGUGGUGGCUUUUGGGUUACGGCUCGGAUCCGGUUACUACAACUACCCAUUAA